GGUGGCUCGACCUGGAACUUGUCAUGCAAUUUUUUACCUUGCAAAGCAUAGUCUAAACACCGACAAGAACAUCAUCCAGACCCUCUCGAAGAUGCCUCCCAAACUGUCGGGCUCGGCGCUCGAAAUUGACGAGGAAGAUUGCCGCAUUCCGCCGAAGCUCGACUUUCGCUGGUCACAUUCCGGCUCUUCCCAUCUCUCGUUGCUUUCGACGCCUCUUACACAGACCAAGACUAUCACCUAUGCGGCCUUUUCUGUGCUUGAGAAUGAGAAUCUCGAGGCGGCAUUCAACGCUCUCAAGCCGGCCGAAAGGGAGGCUGCUUUGCGCAAGAUGGGCGAGUGGAAGGAGGACAAGAAGGAAGAGCCUACUGCUACUGCUUCCAGUGGCUCAACAGACAAGGAUCGCAAGGGAGAGAAGAGGGAGUACAAGGAAGGCGAGGUUUUGGUGGGGGACAUGUCGGACAUGGACAGGAACGUCGGAAGGAGACCCAGCGCGACUCCGAGCAUGGAUGCGGACAAGUACCCUGAUCCGGAUUCACAGCCUAUCGAGCCUAUACCGGAUGAUACCCCGGAGGAGGAGGAUUAUGACAAGAUCAAGGGAGUUCCUGUUGCUCAGGAUGGGUUGUUCGAGGUGGACCUCACGACAAUGUCUUUGUUCCCCGUCUUUUGGGCUCAUACGGGAGCGCGGGUACCGGUCAUCCGAGCCACCUGGUUCUUGGAGGACGAGACCAAGCCGUGUAGCUGGGAACUAGCCGAAGAGCUCGAGAAGGGUUAUCAGGAGAUCAAACCUUGGCUGCCAUCUUACCCUCAAGAGCUACAGAAAGCCAUCGAACAGGGAGCUUCGGCAGAAGAAAAACUAAAGUAUCCCAUGCCAGCCAAGUUCAAUGUUGGCACGAGCGUGGUCUACCAGAACAAGGAGUGCGGGCAGUUUGUUCAAUCCGGAAUGGGUUCCUACCUGAACAAAUUGUUCUGGACCUCGUUCAGAAGCAAGCCGGGCGGAAUUACCGUCUACCGGGGAUAUUCGGCUGCUCUACGAGGUAGUGGACACGAGAAGAAGCUGUCUGUCUCGGCACCGGGGUCCAGAAGGGGCAGCACGAGUUCCCGCAGAGGGAGCACUAGCAGCAACAUCAGCGCCGGCAACGAGGACAAGAAGGACAAAGACAAGGACAAGGAAGCGGAACCCAAGGAUAAGCCAAAGGAAAAGACCAAAGCCAAAUCGGGAUUGAGAAAGAGCCUCGACUUUGCGAUCGGGAGUGCGGGGCUGAAAAAGUCUCAACCUGCGCCUGGCAACAACGAAGUCAAAUCAGACUUAUUGGUGCCACCGCCGCAACCACGGCCCAACCGGCAGGUCUCCCAGAUCAUGGAAGAAUCGCUCAACGGACAGGGAGAGACGUAUCAGAAGAAGAAACCGCAGGUCAAGGACGCUCUAGAUGAGGAGCAGAUUCCCAUGACCGCCGACGAGGACGAUGCGGAGGAAUGUACCGAUUUGAUUUUGGUCAUCCACGGCAUAGGUCAGCAGCUCGCGACGACGUACGAAGGAUUCAACUUUGUCUAUGCGACCAACAUGCUCCGACAGGUUAUGAAGCAACAAUCGGCAAACCCGGCUCUUGCUAGCAUAAUACGAGAUCGCCGAGUGCAGAUCUUGCCCAUCCAAUGGCGAGCCUCGUUGCAGCUGGCCGAACGUGGAGACGAGGAUGUUCAACAUGGACUAGAUAACAGGUUCACCAUGUCAGACAUCACGCUCCCCAAGAUUCCAGCAAUCAGACAGAUCACCAACUCGGUCUUGCUCGACGUCCCCUUGUUCAUGUCUCAGCAUCGGCAGUCGAUGAUCGAGGCCGUAUGUGUACAGGCGAACAAGGCCUACCGAAUGUGGUGUGCCAGGAAUCCAGGGUUCGACAGCAAAGGUCGAGUGCAUAUCAUCGGUCAUUCCCUGGGGUCCGCGUUGGCAGCCCACAUCCUGUCCAAUCAGCCGACACAGAUGCCUCCCAUAGCGGAUCUGCCCAAGGUCGUUAAAGAUGACGCCAAGACGCAGUUCAUCUUCAACACCUCGAACCUGUUCCUCUGCGGAUCACCUCUGGGCAUCUUUUUGCACAUUGACCAGGCGCAGAUCAUCCCUCGAAAGGGAAGGGAGCGGACGAUGCAUUCGCCGCCAGACGAGGCUCUCGACCGCGCUGGACGAUUCGGAUGCAUGGCCGUCGACAGUCUUUACAACAUCUGCCACUAUUCCGACCCCGUCGCCUAUACCCUCACGGCCACGGUCGACUCGGAGAUCGCACGUGAUCGCCCUCCACUCCCGAUCACGAGCGUCACGUCGCCAUUUUACGCGACCGUGACCGACCCGAUCAGGGAUUUGGGCAAAUACUUUGACGGGAUCCCGUUCAUCACCAGUAGCAGUAGCGGGAGCGGCACGCCCAACAAGGGGAACAAGGACGCCGGGGGUGCGCCGGGGACCGAACUGCAGAGGAAACCGAUCAUGGUCCGGUUGCCAAGCGGUAUCGAGAUGAUGGGUCCUGCCGGUGAAGAACGUUUACAAGGCUCUCGAGGCGAACGACGAUUGAACGCCUUGAAUCCUCAUGGGAACAUUGAUUUCAUGUUGCCCAGCGCCGGGAUGAGCGAGUACUUGGACGCCUUGACGAGUCACGGAGCGUACUGGUCGGACCCCAGUUUCGGAGCGUUCAUGCUAGCAGAGAUCUAUUCGACCAAGCUCGACCUCUUGCGCACCGGGAUGGGACUGGCGAGACAACAUGGAGUCGGGAUCGUCGGGGCUGAAGACACGGUGUGAGCGUGGUUGCGAAUCGUUCGGCUAGAUAUUCGAGAUCAGAGAUCCGAGGUUGGUAGAGGAGAGGAUAUAGAUGGCUUGUUUGAUCACCGUUCUUGGAUCUCUAUACACGUAACAGGGAGACCGAGGCAAGCAGGAGUAGCUGCAAGGGACUUCGAUAUAAUAAAUACCCAUAAAG